AAAGACAAUUCUAGCGGCAUAUCAAAGCAACAGAGUGCCCGUCAGCUGUCCAGGGGCUGCGCACAGGGUAUUUACCAUCCAUAUAUUCCCGAGGAGCACCCAACCCACACAUAAGCUCCGAGCAGACAAUUCCUCGCGGGCUCCUACAACUGCGCACAACACCCCAAGCAACCCUCGUGGACGGCGAGCAGGGCGAGUUGGAUAGUACUUGUGAAAAUUAUUUUCCGCAAAGAAUACAUGGGGUCGAUAUCGGCUGUACUCGGUUGUGUGCAUUGCAAUCAUACGUGCGACGAUAGGCGUGGAAGAGAGGGGGAGCCGGUUAAAGCUGAGGGAUAGAGAGCUGACGGACUUAUUCGCGUCGCGAGCGCCGCUUAGUCGUACACACGGUACCGCCAGGGAGAGACGCCGUAUAUAUACUACACGACGAAUCGAUUUGUUCAUUGUUUUGCAUUUGGGAAAAAAAACCCUGCUUUUUUUCUGUCGUCAAUUGCAUCGGUCGCCGUUUUUUUUUCUUUUCUCGUUUUGUCGUCGGAAGACAUCAAAUUGAGGCCGUGGAAGGACUUUUUUUUUUUUCAUUGAUGUUGAGGUUUUGUCAAUCUAUCGACCGUACUUUGGAGGAAACAAUUGGAAUGCCCGAUAUUGACAUCGGCCUCGUGGUUUUCAUCCCGACGUGCAAAUUGAUAACUGCACCCAGCGACAAGGUCUCUUUCAAUCUGCAAGCGCCCGAGAAUAACAGACUCUAAAUCGAGUACUUGUUACAAAAUUCGGCCGCUAUCUCCCCCCCGCUCGGCAAAAUGAUGGCCAACUCGAGCUUCAUUCAAGAGGAGAGCAACUCCAUGAAGAAGGCCCACACGCUCGUGAGACGCGUUUCAGACAUGUUCAAAGACGGCACUUACAGCGGUCCCCCGUCACUCUUCUCCCAGAAGAUUCGGCACUGCUGUCAGAACCUGAACCUGUUCCCGUACCUCCUGUACUCGUUCGAGAACUCAAAGUCCCACCCGCUGUCGAAAAAGGUCAACCAGUGCUUCAACCUGAUCGUCCAGAGCCUGGUGCACCGGUUCCUCUUCGUGUACACGAGCCUCUGCCGGGCGGUCCUCCACAAGCUCCAGAAGAGGUCGCACCUGGUAACAACCCCCGAGCCCCGCAGCCAGCUCAGCAAAGCCAGAGACACCAGCUGCAGGCCCACCGAGGGAAGAAAGGCAAAGCUCUGCGGAUUCCCGAGGCAGAAGCCCAAGCAAGGCUCGGCCCUUCUGGUGGCCUGCAUCCACCUCGUGCCCUACAUCGUCGGGUUGCAGGUGCUCGGGCUCUGCAGCCUCCUCGUCUACGGCAAGUACUCGCCUGGUUUUAUCUUCCUUCUGGUGGUGCUGCUCUCCAUGGGCUACGUCAAGAUGAAGAUUGUCUUCCACGUCAAGUGCAAGGUGGCGGAGAGGAGGGCCAGGACGACGGACAGGACGAGGAGGAAAGUCGAGUGAGCGGUGCACCCCCUCUUCGAGUAACAUUUAUCAAGUUCCUCCGUGGCGCUUUCGAUCUUUUUUUUUUUUUUUUCCUCUAAAACUUCUUUGUUUGCUCAGCGAUGUUUGUCUUUUCCAUGUAAAUGCGUUUAGUUGCGUAGCCUAAUUUUUUUUUCAUCUUGACUAAUUUGCCUGAGCUCGGGGUCCGCUGAACAAAAUGCUCGAAUGGUCGCCUACCAGCGAUGGAGGGUUCCAAAACGAUGGACACCCACCGAGUUCAAGCAAAUUUCACAAAAGUAUACGUAUGUGAGUGUGACAAACAUCGCUAUUGCAACUCGUCGUUCCGAGUUUCGUCAGUCACCGCAACUGAUGGGCCGUCAAACUUUGCGUCCAAGAGUAUGUACUCCGCGAGGGACUCUUCGAAACUGGGUCGAUGGACAUUUGUUCCCGGCUCUCCUCCGGGAUGAUCAGCUAUAUUCGAUCGGAUACAACUCAGUUUUGGAGCCGGUCCAAGACGCGCAUCUUUCGCCGAAAUACAGAAACAACAAAAAAAGAAGCAGAUCAUCGAACACGAGUUCAAAGGCUAAGCUGUUUGGCUGAUAGGAAACUUUCUCGUGGUAAUCAAUGAGUGAAGUGGCUUUCAUUUAAGCAAUCUCCCGAAGGUUACAACUGUACGAUGUAUACUCAGCUUCGACUGAUGAAAUCGAAUGAUAAUUAUGUUAAGAUACUUUAUCUUCUACGAUAUAAGACUGAAUAAAAAUCGUUUUAGUGCA